CAAUCGUUGAUGUCCAUGUCAGGGCAAGACAUUGAGCUCAAUUUUAUAUUUAUUCAUGGCCUUCUCCCCACCCCGUGUCUCACCUGGCGUUGUCUCACCGUUUUGCUAACCCGGACAACACGGAAAACACCAUUAGACAAGAUGGCUCUGAGAUACUCGUCGCUCGUUAUGGUGGCUCUUGCCACCCUCAUGCAACCGGCCAUGGGCUCACCUGCCUGCCCAGCCCGAUCCUCAACAACGCCAGCCCCAUCUGGCCCCUCGACACUGCCAGCCUCAUGCACGUACCGGCCGCAGGCAACGACAUACACCAAUGACGGAUGCGACUUUACCUGCCCGCCACAGUCGGCGUGGUGCAUUGCGGACGCCUACGUGGUGCUGCCGUGCGGAUGCGACAGGGCGGCCGUUCGCCCAACCACCGUCAGCCGCUGCCCUACGGCGAGCGGCAACUGCUUCCAGUGCUCGACCGGCUGGGGUAUUGCAACCAUUACCGACUCCAACUGCCCACCAUCUGCGACUGCGACCCCGACUGCGGCUUAGGGGCUGGCUGCUCGCAGAGGUUCUUGCGGGAUGUAAUGGGCCGGGGCGGGAGCUGAUGCCCGUGGCUGGUGGGGGUAUUGGGGGCAAGGGCCGUUUUUAUAUUUGUCCCAGGGGGAACCCAGUGAUGUUGGUUUUGAUGGGAGGAGUCGGGGCAUCUGAUAUGCACAGAGGCGUACCGUUGUUUGCCCAACCCUGACAGGACAAACUGCGUGAACUCGAGUCCUCUUUCCGUUUAUUUGCCAGACCAUUCAGAAUGAACAGAAUUGGCGGCGGGAAAGCAAGGCCAAGCAGCCGUUGGUGAACCCUUUCUGCUAGCCUUGAUACUAGGAAGUAGCAGUGAAGACGUGCUUCUGCUCGGAUUAGCCAGGCACGUAUGACGAGAGCGCCUGACAAUAUAGACGCGCCUCUUUCGCGUGAACAGGCUGCCCAGGACUGUCGGACGGUGCCGAAUCCAAGGAUGUGCGGUUUGUCAU